AUGAAGAGAUCGAUGAAAAUCCAUUGGAUAAAUUGGAACAAGUUAUGCACUCUAAAGAAGAAAGGGGGAAUGGGAUUUCAGGACUUUCAUGCUUUCAACCUUGCUAUGCUUGCUAAGCAAGCAUGGCGUCUAAUUCAUAAGAAUGGGUCACUUUUUUACAUGGUGUACAAGGCAAGGUAUUUUCCGAAUACCUCUUUCUUGGAUGUUGAGUUGGGGAGUAAUCCAUCGUUGGUGUGGCGUUCACUACUAGUUGCUAGAGACAUCAUUCAUGCAGGGUCACGGUGGAAAAUUGGAGAUGGUAGAAAGAUUUCAGUGGCAACUCACUCUUGGCUACCUCAUUCUCCUGUCUUCUUGAAUGCACCAUCAAUGGAUAUGAAAGUCUAUGACUUAAUAGAUGAGGAAACUUAG